UUAUACCCACGCCAAAAUAUUGUGUUGUAUAGUAUUUUCUUGCGAUAAAAGUGGACAGUUUAACAUAUUAGAAAGGCAUUUUGUAAGAUUUUUAAAUUUAAGUUUGACUAGAAUAGGUCUUUUUCAACAUGAAAUAAGAGUUUUUACUUUUUCCAGUUUUUGACGCUGUACGAUGUCUUGACGCGUGUCUCUCAAGCUAAAAUUGCGACAAAAACAGAAUAAAUGUCAGUCUUUCCGAGGAUUUCGCUAAGACCGGAGGUCGCCGAUUACCUGAAGGGAGUGUUUUUAAACAAGGAGUUGUUGGCAUCCAUUGGCAAGCAGGAAGCUGAACGCCAUUUCCAGACGCUUCUUUCCUGCCUGUCGCACCCUCCAUCUUACACCUGCGUCCGAACCAAUGUUCACCUGGCUUCGUUGGGGGAGAUCCGAUUAAAGCUUGGCGAGGAGCUAAAAAAGCAAACAUGGGGAUGUGAGGACGAGGAACUGGAGAUUGUUGCUCAUCCUGCAGUUCCAGAUGUGCUGCUCAUCCCUGUAGUCGGGCCCAGAUUAGUGCAGAAGCUCAGUUCUGUGGUGGUGGUUGGCACGCAGUGUGGCAACGCAGUACUGAGGGGCGCACAUGUGUUUGCCCCGGGAGUACUCGCGUGCCCAAAGUUCAUGAAGGCUGGUGACGCAGUUUCGGUGUUCUCCGAUGUUGAAGGAAAGUGCACCCGUGGAGCAUUUGGCUUUCACGGAAAGACGACAUUUGUGGGUAACGGAGUGGCAGAAAAGGACCGUACGGAGAUUUUCGGUGCUGGAGAAACUGCCAGGGGUGUCGGCGUUCGCAUGACGGAGCCACUGUACUGGAGUCCAUCCUUUGAUGGAGUUUUACCACACUUGGCCUUUUUACAGAACCUUCCAUCUGUGGUGGCGGGUCACGUUUUAGGUCCUCGUCCUGGAGAGCGCGUCUUAGACAUGUGCGCCGCCCCGGGCGGGAAGACGUGCCACAUCGCCACCCUCAUGAAGGAUCGGGGUGAAGUGGUGGCUUUGGACAAGAUCCGAAACAAGACCGAGCUGAUUCGCAAGAAUGCUAACAUAUUGCAGUUGCGUAGCGUCAAGGCGUUUUGCUUUAACAGCACUAAAGUUGUGAGCGAGGAUGUCAGCCAAGACACGGAAGGGCCGCCCUAUCCUCCUGAGAGCUUCGACCGCGUGCUGCUGGACGCACCCUGCAGCGGCCUCGGUCAGAGACCCAACAUGGCGAGUACUUGGACUCUUAAGGAAGUUUGCUCUUACCCUCCACUGCAAAGAAGCCUCUUCCACGCUGCGGUGCGUGCAUUGAAGCGCGGCGGCGUUUUGGUGUACAGCACAUGCACGGUGACGCUCGCAGAGAACGAGGAGCAGGUUGCCUGGGCUUUACGCACCUUCCCUGAGCUCACACUGCUACCUCAGGAACCCCGCGUGGGUGGCGAAGGCAUGCCUGGCGCGGGGCUGUCCCCGGAGCAGCUCCGCCUGCUUCAGAGGUUCCGACCUGAGUUGAGCUGGGAGGUCGCCGCCGACAUACCGCUCCCCUAUAGGGCCGACGGCGACACCAUCGGAUUUUUUAUCGCCAAGUUCCAGAAAAACUGACUGGACAUGGUGUAAUGCACAUGUUACGCCAGUAGAGGGAGAUGUCAGCAUGUGAUUGACAGUACAGUCGCCAAACUUGAACAUUCAUUACCAUUGACGGCUAUAGACGUCCAAACCAUUUUGACUGCCAGCCCCUCCCAGUCGAAAUGGAUGAAACGUCUAUCGCCGUCAAUGGCACCGAGACAAGAACAUUCUUUAAAUGGAGGUAUUGCGUCUCCGGGAGAAUUUACGGCUGUUUGUGCAGCUGGCCGGAUUCCCAGGAAAACACCGGCGCGCUCGGCAGCCAGCCUAUUUUCAACUUUGGAGGUGACGUUGCCUUGACGACGGCCCCGUGAGUCUACCUCAAUUUUUCAGGAGCGUUUUAAGAGCGAGGGGGAAGAAGAAGACACUAUUUAUAGAUGUGGUAGCCUGGGUGUUUUCAAAAUGCAAUGCAACUAUUUUAACAGUCACCACUGUUGAAUAAACAAUCAA